UGAAUAUUCAAUACAUCUUUUUUAAGAUAAAGAAUAGGCCACACCACACUGUUGAAUGCUUCAUUAUGAUGCUAAAUUACUGAAUGAUAAAUACAUACCAAACAAAAAGAAUGAUGAUGUAUUUCAGAUGUGAAAACUUCACAACAUACUGAAGCAAUUAUUUGAAAAUGACCGAUAAAUUAGCAACGUCCUCGCCGACAAAUGUGGAGUCGCAACACCAUGGUGUUGUACCCUCGACACCAAAGAAACCGAAUGGAAACGAGCAUAGAGUGGUAUUGACAUUAACUGCAGCCAUUGCUUGUUCAAAAGGGUCUGACGAGCAAGGAAAGUUAUUGGAAGAAUUGGCAAGACGUAACAAGAAAACAUUAGAUGCCCCUAAACCUCAACAAUUUUUUCACUGUGAGUACGGAAUAGCGCCUGGCCAUGAAAGGACAGUGGCUGACAUUGUUACAUAUGGUGUGGCUGCCAAAGUUUUUACUGAAACUGAUUCGAAAGUUAUCAAAACGUGGGAUGAUGGUUCCAGAACAUGGGUUGCAUGGGUUCAUAGCCAUGAGUUAUACAUAUCAGAAGAAAACAUUAUGGAUCUUUUCAAUCACACAUUGGAGUUCAAGCUUUGUGACUCAAAAGACAAAGUUUCUGCCAAAGCACGUUUUGAUAGACCAAAGGCAUUUCGUAUACCAUCAUCCAAAGACAGUGCACCAGGAAAAGGAAUUGCCGCAGUAGUUGCAAAGCAAUCUCGAAGUUGGACCAACUUGCAGCCACAAGAUGUUCAAAAGCAAGCAGAAGAAGAUGCAAAUAUUAUAGAUGAUAAACCUGAAGUUGAUGAACCAACAACCAAUCAACAACUUCCAGUGGCUCGAGUUCACAGUUCUGUUGGUCGAUUAGCAGGAUUGGAUGUAACAGAUCAAGACAAGAGGCGAAUGAAUGAACUGGUUCAACAACAAACAAAAUUAAUGAAACAGUUGAAUAGAAAAUCAUCAAAACACGGAGACGAUGUGAAGCCAACUGACAGUGGACAAGCAAAAGACGAAAAAAGACAAUCAGUAGAUAUUACUCGAUCGAGAAACAUCUGUAUUCCCAUUAAAAUGGAGCUUUUAUUUUCAGGCAUGAAAGAAGUCACUUCUCGCUUGGAAGAACCUAGUGUCAAUGUAGAAGAUAUGUUUGUAUCAGUAUCUGUUGGUGGAAAACUGAUGCCAGUAGACCUAGAACGAAAGCUGAAUCCACUCGUAAUCACUGUUAGAUCUGUGAAAGAUUUGCCAGAAACUCCAAUACCAAGGAUAACAUUAUCAAAUUUGUGUCAAGAUGUGUAUUGUUCAUAUGAGUUUCUUGAUCUCCCUAUACAUAAAACAAGGAAAAGACAUCAUAACAAGGAUGUCUACUUUGAAGACAUGCAUGUUAUAUUGGCAGGAAAACUAGAUCCUGGAAAACUCUAUGAAUUUUUGCAUUGUGAUGGCUUAAGCAUAGAGAUUCAUGACAGAGAUAGAAAGCUCCCAGAUGUUGUCAAACCCCCAUUAAUAUUUGGGGAUGACAGUGCUGAUAAAAAGAUUGCUAAUGUUGGUCUGGUGACUUCGAAAAGUACAACUCAUAAUGCAUUUCAUGAUCGACAUUGCAUCUACGAUCCAUAUGGAGUAACUAAACUUCAACUUCAUGAACUACUUGAUGGAAAUCUUAAUCUGAAUUAUAGCAUAGUUGUGAAUCCUUGUUCCUUACCCAAUCUUUUGAACAAUCCUAAUAGUUUCGAUCCAGGAACGAAAUUGGUGGGAGUCAUUGGAUCAGUCGACCGUCCAGAAAAUCCGCCUUUGUUGUGUGGUGAUUAUCUUAGUGCUGGCACUGUUUUGAAAGCAAAAGUAUGUUUGAAAUAUCCGCUCACCUGGCAUCCUUCCCCUGACACAGAUUUGCUUCUGAACAAUGAAUCUUGUCACUUUGGUCGUAUUAUCUACCAUUUUGACUAUGAAAAUAAAUCAUUGCUGAAAACUCUUGAGAAAUUUGUGAUGAAUGCAAAUGCAAGGGCGCUUGGACUUGAUUCAUUUGAUCAGCAUGUUAUUGAUGCAGCAUUGUCAACAUACAAAUUGUCAGCAGCACAAAAAGAAUGCACCACACUGGACGUUGUAACAGGUUUCCAUGUAUUAGAUGGUGAAUUCCAUAUUUUCGUUUUGGAAGGAUUGAGAGAUGGAUCAAUUCUAAGACUACAAAAUGAAAUUGGUCAUGUUCAGUCAGAAAAUGAUGGCUUUGUGCGGAUGUUAUGUGACUCUUCAAUAACUUUCAAGUCACGAAUUUAUAGCGAACUUGAUGUUAACUUGUGCACAAUUCGACUUCAUCAGCCAUUGAAAGUAAUUUUGGAACAACCAUUGCUGUAUGUUAGAGAUCUGGUCCCAAGACCUUGCUUUCGAUGUCUAAUCAUGAUUAAGGAGAUAACAGAAGUUAGUAGAUUGAAAGAUGUUUGUAGAAAUUUUUUAUUUCCUGAUCACACAAUGGUUAUUUCAAUGAGUCGAGAAUUCGGAAUCCCAAUCACUCACAGCGAUUACGAGGAGCAACAUCUCAAAGAAGAUGAGGAAAAGAAGUCGUUAGAUGGAGUGAUUCUUAAAGAAAGUUCAUCUCGGUGGACACCUAUUGAUAACAAAGCUGAGGACUUCGACAAAACGAUUGCAGAAAGAAAGAAAAAUCCCGAUCUACAACCUAAUUAUGUAAUGAGUAAUAUAGUUUCAGUUCAAGAAGCAGGUCGCAGAAAGCGGCCUGCUGGUCGUCCAAUGGUUUAUGCUGAUAUUGAUGGUCCACCACAUAAUUACAGCACUCAGACACUUAACUUCACCGAGUUAUCUAAAACUGCUUUGAGGAGAAUGUUAUAUGAACAAGACAAAGAUAGUAGGUAUGCAUAUAAUGAAUUGUACAAUACUGCAGUGAUCCCUCCAGUGGAUGAAGAUAUGCUGUAUUCAGAAGAGGAAAAAAUGUUAAAACAGCAAUGGAGAACAGAUUCUGGGUUUUUAUUUCCUGGUGUUAAAAGUAGUUUAUUAUGCAAUCAACAUCCAUUAUGUCCUGAUGAGUCAAGAAUUGAUGAAUUAAAGUUAAAGUGGAAGGAAAAUACGUUACAUGGGCAUAUUUUGAAACCCACUCUGGAUCGAGCAAUCUGGAAAUGGGAUCUUCGACACCAAGAUAUGAAAUUAUACAAUCAGCCCAGAAUGAAUUAUGAGGAAAAAGCAAGCACUGUUCAUUUACCUGGGGAUAAGAGAUUGGAAGAAAUUGAGCAAGCUCGUAUCAAAAAAGAAAGAGAGUGGAAGUCAAAAAUAAUUGUCGAUAGCUCAAGAAUGAAGUUUCAUCGUGUUGCAUGUGGAACAGAACAAACUAAUAAAUCAAAUCAAAUUGAUAAAUUACAAAAUAUACUGAAAGAUGAACCCAAUAAAAAGUCGUUAAAGUAUUUUCCAACAAGAAUUCCUCCACUCUCUGUGGUGUCAGGUGGUGGUGUUGAAAUGAAAACCAAAGACAAAAAGCAAAGAGGGGCUCCUUUCCCGAGUUCAAGGCCAAAAUCAAGAGUGGCUGGAUAUCAACCUGGUCCUUAUGAUGAACUGAGUUGGAAAAUGGAUAAAAACGUAAUUCCAAUUAGAAGUCCUGAACAUGAGAAGUAUAUAACACAAAAAGGCAGUGACUUCUCAAUGUUCUUGAAAGACGAAGAAUACUUAUGGAAACGGAGGAUUGAUCCACUGUCAGAAAAAGAAAAAGAAAAUCUCUAUGAACAAAUGCUGCCUCCUGUCGCUGCAAGAAGACAAAUCAAGCCUUUAUCUCCAGAGCCUAUAGUUUUAGAAGACAAAAGAAGUGAGUACAGACAAAGAUUCCUUGCCGCAGAUGACCCACACAAACGGCAACCUAUUUGGCCCCGACAUCAACUCAAAUAUGGACUAUCACAUCUAAUGGGUCCAGCUUUCAAUGAUGCCAGUGUGGAAUUGACUAUGCAACAAGAUGAAAUCGCAAAGUUGUCAAAAUCAUUUGCUGAAAAACAAACAAAGAAGCAUGUCAACAAACAAGAUAGUUUACAUGACGAUGUUCAGAUCGUCGUAGAUCAAACUAAACCUGCUUUGGUAGAGACUGCCUAAUUUUUAAAUGUGUUUCAUUAUGUUUAAAUAAUUUUCAACAAAAUUUAACUAAUGGUGUAUUUAAUAUUACAUGCUUCGUUUCUAUUUUCAUAUCGAUUUGGAUGUUUCACAACAAACAAAUAAUUUUUAAAAUUCUUGGUUAGCAAAGUUUUCCAUUUUUACUGAAUGUGGUUAUUACUCAUGCAAGCUCAUGCCAUUGCUUCAAGUUAUUCUAGGAAAUUUACUAUUUAAAGCAACGAUAAUUGUUGAAUUGAAAAUUUUUCAUACUUGAUAUGUCUGCCUUGAUUUUUUAUCGACCUUGAACACCAACAAAUCCUGUGAAAUCUUCACUAGCCGCUUGCCUAUUAUUCAAGUCAAUAUUCUGAUGUUAAUUAAUUGUGGUAUUUAUGUGAAUAUGAUAACUGUAAAAGAAUUAUUUUCAGUUCAAAUGUACUACAUUUGGAGGAUUGCUAAUUUCAAUGUUGCUGCCAAUAUAAUACUCUUGAAUGAAAACUUAAUGACAGUUGGUUUUGCAACGCUUUGUGCCAAUUUUAGCAUUGUUCUCGAUUAUUGUUUGACUGUUUACCUACCAGAGGAAUUCUCUCUCCACUUUGUAUUAAUUUUCUUGGUUAUAAAUAAUUCAUUGUUUUCAAUUUAUUGGUGUUUAUACAUUUACCUAUUUCCUUUGUUGAAAAUAGUAUAUAUUUUGCCCAACAUCGGGGCGUUCUUUCAAAGUAUCAUGAAUAUUUACAAUGAUAAUAAUACAAUUCUAUAUGGUUUUGUCCAUACACAUAGUACAUGAAUAGUUUGCGAUGUAAUUCUCUCAUGUUUAUAUAUAUUUAUAUACAAGGAGUAGUUGCUUUUAUUCUCACUUUGAGCUCUGUGAUAGUAAAAAUGUCAUGCUUUCUUUUAAUGUGCUCGAAACAAAUAAUAUCCAAGAAAAUUUUUUCAUUUGGACGAAAGCCAGGGUGAAUUACUAUUGUAAGAAUAAGAAUAUUCAAGUAUUUCAUAAGCCAAUCUAUUUUAAAUGUUUGAAUUUAGCCAAAAUAAACAUUGAAAUUACGAAUAGGGUUUUGACUGUUAUCAGGAAUUCAAGCAAACCUCAUUUUUGGUUUCGUUUGAUGAAAUUUUGACACCUGAUUUUAAUUUAAUUUUAAAAAUUGACACAAAUCAUGAUCUGGUUGGGACGAAAUAAAUUUUUUGAUAAAACUGGUCCAUCUUAAUUCUCAAAGCAUACUACUGAUACUAUAAUAUUUUUUUAAACAGGAGGUUUUGUACAAAUUAACGCUUUGUAAUGGAUAAUAAAUAUAUGAUAUGAAUUUGGAGUGUGCUGCCAGUGUUUUAUAUUUUUUCAAUAUUUGAAGUUGUAUUCAAAACAAAACCUUACUUUGGAUGCUCAUGUAUAUUAUUAUAUUUUUAG